AAAGUACCGCGAUCUUUCACCAAAAGUACCUCUACCUCGGCAUCCUGCGGAGUCAACCAGCUUUUGGUGCACAGCAGCGCCCCUAAAAAAGUCAACCGAGCGGCGCGAGGAGUUCGAUCGACCACUAUUGCAGCCGCCAGCACCGCUCGCGGCCAAAAAUCGCCGUGCGAUACGAGUUAGCUGAACUCAAGCGGCACCUGCUUGGAAGGUCUCUCAGCCGCGCGCGCGCUACGGAGGCGCGCUUCAGAAACUGAUAGCGCUGUCGCACGCCGCGCGGCGCGCUGGCCCUGAGCCUACACUGAGGCUGCGCUGGCCGGAAGAGCACUCAGAAGAAACAGAACUCGACAUCGGACGACGAGAGGCUCCCGAAACGCACCGCAGCAACCAAAAGGGCGUCAAAUCACACCGCGUCCCCUCACAGGUAGCGUAAAGAUGGCCCGGCUCCUCGUCGCCCUCGCCGCGGGCGCCUCGGCGCUGCGGCUGGCGCCGACGAUGACGGCCGCGCCGCCGAAGACCGGCGCCGUGCUCCGGAGGGCCGCCGGCGCCGCCGCGCUCGGCGGCGCCCUGCUCGCCGGCUCCGACGCGGCGCUCGCCGCGGGCGGCCAGCCCGGCUCGAUCUACUACAAGCAGCUCGAGGACUGCGCGACGUCGAAGCAGUUCGGCAAGCGGCAGCGCAAGACGGUCGCCACGCUGGAAGGCCGCAUGAAGAAGUACGAGCCCGGAAGCCCGCCGUACCUCGCCCUGGAACAGACGCUGAACCAGGCGAACAACCGCUUCAAGCGCUACGCCGACUCCAACUUAUUAUGUGGCAAGGACGGCCUGCCGCACCUCAUCGCGAACGGCGACCCGACGUACUUCCCGCAGUUCGUGCUCCCGGGCCUGGGCUUCCUCUACACGACGGGCUGGAUCGGCACGGCGGGCCGCAAGUACCUGCGCACGGUCGCCAAGACGAAGAACCCCGCCGAAAAAGAGAUCAUCAUCGACGUGCCGCUCGCGCUGACGAUCAUGUUCUCGAACUUCGUCUGGCCGAUCGAGUCCUGGAACGCGUUCAUCGCCGGCGAUUUGGUGGCCGACAAGGAGGAGAUCACGGUCUCGCCGAGAUAAAUGAGACGUAAAGUGCCGCGGCGGCGGGCGCGUGGCUGGCGCGCGUAAGAAUGUUGCUACUAGCUACUU